AUGCAAUUCGCUUGCAUAGACGAGGCUGAAACAUUUUACAACAUGUUAGCAAAACUAACCGGAUUUAGUAUUCGAAAAGAUGAUUUGAAGCGAGACAAGAAUGGAGAUAUAAUAUCUCGAAAGUGGGUGUGUUCCAAAGAAGGACAUCGAGCGACAAAGUUUAUUGAGAAUGACAACCGACAGCGUGAGCCACGAUCGUUGACUAGAGUUGGAUGUGAAGCUGCAUUUCGUAUUGCCUUGAAUAGAAAAUAUGGAAAGUGGAUUGUAAAGGAAUUUAUAGGAGAACAUAAUCAUAAUUUGGUCGAUCCUAUUAGCAGACAAUUCUUUCGCUCUCAUCGAACAAUAAGUAAUCCAGAUAAGGCACAAGUUGAUGUUUUGCGUCAAGUAGGUGUUAAAACCACACAAAUUAUAGACUAUAUGGUCAAACAAUCAGGAGGACAUGAGCAUGUCGGUUUCACACAAAAAGAUAUAUACAAUCACGUUGAUGCAAUGCGUAGAAGUGAAAUUAAAGACGGUGAUGCAGAAGCGGCAUUGGCUUAUUUGUGUGGAAAGGCAGAAAUGGAUUCUUCUUUUUUUUAUAAAUUCAACAUUGAUGAAGAAAGUCGACUAGCAAAUUUGUUUUGGGCUGAUUCAACUGCUCGAAUGGAUUAUGCUUGUUUUGGAGAUGUCCUAGCAUUUGACACAACCUAUAGGACAAAUGCCUAUAAAAAGCCUCUAAUAGUGUUGGUCGGUGUUAAUCAUCACCACCAAACUGUUGUAUUUGGUUGUGCAUUAUUGAUAGAUGAAAGUGUUGGGACAUAUGAAUGGGUGUUGGAGACAUUCUUGAUGCAAUGA